UCCCAGGCAGCGCCUCCCAGGAUAGCACCGGAAAUGAUAAGUGGCUGGAGGUAAAUGCUGCCGGGCGAUGCAGCCGUCAUAAACAGGCAGAUGAAAAUACAGAGUAACCUCACUGAAACGGCCGUGACAGGGACAGAUUAUCUUCUAAGCACAUCGGGGAUUUUCAUUUGAUAACGUAUUCUGCUUGAACUAGUAUGGAUGUUGAUGACUGCAAUGGCCGGUCUUAUAUAUCAGCUAGUGGAGACUCUUCAAUGGAGAGAGAGUUUUCUGGGGCCCUUGGAGGUCCAACAGUGAGCACCCCAAACAGCAAGGAGACCUCUCCUAGUCGCUCCCUCAGUGCCAACUCCAUUAAAGUGGAAUUGUACAGUGAUGAAGACCCAGGUCGCAGUACUGAAGAUGAAAGAGGGGAGAGGGUGGAAGAAGGAGGGACAGAGCAGGGAUCUGAGGGUGUCGGAGGAUACAGGGAGCUCACCAAUCCUGAAACCAUACCAUCUGGAGCCACCAGGCUGCCAAACGGAAAGCUCAAGUGUGACAUCUGUGGGAUGAUCUGCAUUGGGCCGAAUGUUCUCAUGGUGCACAAACGCAGCCAUACAGGUGAGAGACCAUUUCAGUGCAAUCAGUGUGGUGCCUCCUUCACUCAAAAGGGUAACCUACUCCGACACAUCAAGCUGCACUCAGGGGAGAAGCCCUUUAAAUGUCCCUUCUGCAGCUAUGCCUGUCGAAGGAGAGAUGCACUAACUGGCCACCUUCGCACUCAUGCAGUGUCCUCUCCAACUGUAGGGAAGCCGUAUAAGUGCAGUUACUGUGGCCGUAGUUACAAACAGCAGAGCACCCUAGAGGAACAUCGAGAGCGUUGUCACAGCUACUUACAGAGUCUGGAGUCAAAGCAGCCAUCCAGUGCUCAGAAUCCAGGAGAGGAGAUGAGAGAGCUAGAGUUUAUACAGGACUCUCUUCUGCAACCCUCUGCAGACAAGAUGGCAUUUAUUGAUCGGCUCGCAAACAGCAUCACCAAACGCAAGAGAUCCACACCACAAAAAUUUGUAGGACAGAAGCACAUACGACUCAACCUUGGAGAUGCACCUUAUGAGCUCAGUGCUGGUUUGGAUAAAGACGGGGAGAUGCACGCAGGAGAGCUUGAAGCUCCGCACUUUACUGGUCUGGGAGGAGAGUACGCAGGCAUUGCAGGUAAUGGAGGAGGGGUUUCAGACACUCUGAGGCCUUUACACCUUCCCACCACUCACCCGUCAUGUCUGCCGGAACUCAGGCCAAUCCACGGCUCCUCUCACGUCCCUGUUGCUCUAGGUCCGAGGCUGGAUUGUACAGGGACGGGAACUGGGCUGGGAGCUGCAGGUGUAGGGGGAAGGGAGGCAGCAGAGGGUCACGAAGACCUGCCUGUCGGUCGAAGUCACGCGCCCUCGCCUAGCAACGGUUGCCAGGACUCUACAGACACAGAGAGUAUGCCCGAUGAGCCUUGCAACAGUACUGCUCCAAUUCCAACCCUGCACAGUAACAAUGGCCAUCAUCUCCUCUACUCAAACAACCACAACCCAGUGCCUCCUCCCAUUGCACACCACAGGAGUCGGGACAGACACAGCCCCAGCCACGCCAAAGAAAGGGAGGUGGAAAGACAGGUUGGAGGCCAUUCAGCCCCACCGCCUCCUGCCCUCGCUCCGACUCCCAGCUCACCUACAGCGCCCUCCUCCACUUCCAGGGAGGCUUUUCGGGUCGUAGACAGCGAAGGGCGGGCCGUGCGCUCUUUUCGUUGUGAGCAUUGCCGUGUGCUUUUCCUGGACCAUGUCAUGUUUACUAUCCAUAUGGGCUGCCACGGUUUUCGCCAGCCUUUCGAGUGUAACAUCUGUGGCCACCGCAGCCAGGACCGCUACGAAUUUUCUUCUCACAUCGUCCGCGGAGAACACAUCCUUGAAUGAGGAAAAAGGGUGAACAACUUGCUUACCCUAAAGCUAUUUUUACACUGAGACAAGGACCUGGCUGGGUUUGGUCUGCACACACGAUAAAGAGGCACUGAUGAUGUGAAGAGGCACUGGUACAGUAAGUAUGUACCAGCAGUAAUAGAAACUCCUUAUGCAUGUUUCCGAUCAAUUUUUACCCUUAUCAUUAUCAAUGCAUUUCAAACAUUAUCUUCUUAAAAUGCACUUUCAACGAAUUGUUUUCUAAAGUAGAUAAAGAGCUGAUGCACUUUUUCACCCACAGAUGUGCCUUGCUCCAAACUCCAAACCUGAUGCACAAAUUCUAGUAGACAAAUCAGACUUUUAUCCAUAACAUGAAAACGUUACCUACUUGUGCACUUUAACAGAAAUACUAUGUAAGAAGAACAAUGUGAAAUUGAUGGGCUCACCUACGGAUGAAUCAGAUUUGAACACCUUCUUCUAAAAGCACUUUCGUAUCACAUAUUCCCUAACAUUCAUUAUGUAGCGUUUUAAUUUGGGGUUAAUCGAGAACAAUGAAUCGCUUUUUAAAAAUGACAACUCAAGUGCAGACCAAACUCAAACUCCAGGUCCAAGCUGAAUGGAUGUGUUUUGAAGAAUUGUCCAUGAUUUAGCAAUGCACUUUUGUUUUUGAUGGGGUUUUGGUUGACAGGUCUGAGUGCGUGUGUGUGUGUGACAGAGAGAGAGUGAGAACAAGGACCCCUGUGUGUUUUUUGGAAGUAAGUUGAACAAGUAAGUGAAUAAUGAAGACCUUUCUUUGUGUGGAUGCCGACUGGGGCUGUGUAUGAAAUGUUUUGUUUCUUUUCCAUGACUGCUUUUGUUGCACUGAUACCUGCCAGAAUAUAAUAAUCAUAUUAAACUAUUUUGUAGAAUACAUAACUGACCGGCACAUUUCUCUCAAAUUUUAGAAAAACUGAUGAAAGGUUUCUCUCACUAGGACAAGAGUAUCACUGCCACAACUUUAGAGAUUACUCAGAGGUUACAGGACCUUUACAAGUCCCAAAAAUAGUCCAUGGCAUCACUCUAUCAAACUGCAAACCAACAUUAAUCUUUUUAUUUUUUAUUUGACAUUCAAACAGGAGUUUGUUGUUACUAUCUCAUUGUAUUGUGCCUUUCUUCACCCUGAUCACAACCUGUUGACCAGACGGAAAGACACAAGCUACCAAGUCUUAUCUGGAAACCGAUCAUUGUGUGAUGAUGCUAGAGAUGAUGAGUUAUAAAAUGAGGUAACUGCUCGAUUGAUUGAUUUUCAGACACUAGAGUCUCCGACUUAUGACUUUGCACAAUAUUUAUCCUAAUCAGAUGUGUGAUUUUUAUUAGUGCUGGAAAAGAUGAAGAAUCACUUCUGCUAUUUUAUCAAAGACUAACUGUACCUGACAUUAGGCUCAUGCUGCUAUGACACAAGUGAGUACACUGUAGCAGUUUACUACAUCCUCACAGGUUAAAUCCAAAAAUAUGUUUUAUUUGCUUUGUCUUUGAGCACAUGUCAGUCCACAGUUACCAAGGCAACAAAUGAUCCUGUCUUGGUAAAAAAAAUCUUUAGAAACGAAAAGAGAAAUGCGUCAGUCUAAAGAGCAAAGUCGGCCUGUGAUUCUGUUUACAUGUUAAAAUAACAGAGAUGGUUGGUUGACUCUUCUCAUUAAUAUUUCACUUAACUUACUUUAAGCACAAUAAAUUGUUCACAUCCAGCAGACAAAAUGUUUAAGAUCACAGAAUUGGAUGCAAAAAUGAAUCCCACUUAGUGUCGAUAAACAGGACAGUCAGUUGUUUAGAUUAAUGAGUUUGCUCUCCACGUGUCCUGUUUUAAAUGAUCUAUAAAGAAAGUUUUGGACGGUAAUUAAAAAAAUAAUGAAGUCUGGAACCAGGUAUGGACAGGCCUCUGAUUUUCAAUAAGGUCGAAACCUAUCAAAAUCAUCAGCCGACUUGAGUUCUUAUGUGAUCCAGAAAAAAGUUUAUUGGACUGAAUUUCCUCAAUAAAUUUAUCAGAACUGAUGUUUAGACUUUAUUUAAUUAAAUAGAUCUUUUCAGCAUCUAUAAAUGAUCUAUAAAUCUUUUUAAAAUCUUUUUUAGCCUAAACAGGAACCUCUGAAGGCUUUAAAUGGUUCUGUCAUGUACUGAAUGAAGUUGUUUGGAUUUUCAUAGUAGUGGCAAUAUUGGUUUUUGAGAGAGACGAAUGGGAAAAAAAAAAAAAAGUAAUAUUUUCUGCAUUGCACCAAAUAACGGUUCCCUCGUGGCUGAGGCAAUGAACCACUGCCUCCACCUGUUAAGCUCUUUUCCCUGUUAGACUGGCGAAUUGCAAAGUAUUAGUUAUGAAGAAGCGACAAGUGACAAAUCUUUUUGUUUUCAUUGCUCUGUUAGAAAAAUAAAGUAGAUGUUAAAAUGAUCUUCUCCCUUUAGUUCAGCUGAAAAACAUUAAAUGAUAAUUUGGUGAUUUCCUUUUGGAAUAAAUGAAAUGAUUUUACCUCAGUUCACCUUUAUUUUUAAAAAGUUACAAGUUCAGUGAAGUUAAAUUGGUUUGAGGGAUGUUUACAAAUUAGUUUUGUUGUAUAUUGCUGUAUGAGAUUGACGGAGAAGAGUGAAGGAGAAAGAGUCACUUGUUGACACAAUGAAAUGUGAUUUUGUUACAGUACAUCAACACAGAAACCUAAACAAGUGGUUAAAAUGCUUUUUCCAAAGUUAGAAUUAAAAUAGAAAAUCUGCAUAUCUUGCCUUAAUAUGUGAAAACAGACUGAUCAUGUGAGGACAUUCGGCGCUUUGUAAAUUGAACAUCACAUUUUUCUGAUCACUUACAUCUUGUUUUAUUAUGUGAAGUCCUCAAGAAUUAUUUGAACAUGAAGGCUGAUACCUUUGUUUUUGUCGGACACCGAAAAUGUUAAGGUUUUAGAUUGAAAGACAAAUAUGAGACAAGAGUUUAGAAUGUCAUUUCUUUACUUCCUGGUAAUUACAUGUAGAUGGGUUUAACAUCUCAGGACAUAGAGCCAUUAUCAGUCCACCCUGUUUUUAGAUGAGCUAAAGUAAAGACACAGAUUGUCUAAAUGUUAAAUACUUAUUUUUAAUGUAUUCAGUCUCAAGCUUGCUUGGGACCUUUGAUGGGUGAGGGGUUUCAUUGCCUUUCUCCCAUGAACAACUCUGGGCUUCAUGUUGGUUUAACCUUUUUAACAAAAAAUGUCUUAACGUGUUAAUUUCCAAGACUAAAAGAGUAGAAUUUCAGAGCCAUUCAAUCUUUAGGGCAACAACAAAACUCAACUCACAUGUUCUAUUAUUUUGCACAGCUGAAAAAUGGGUUGAUUAAACAAGAGCCUAUAGGUGUAAAAAAAAAACAGGAAACAAAAUAUGAAAUUCUGAACUUUUGUCUCAUUCAUUUAUAAUCUUAAACCCAAAUAAAAAAGGAUUGGCAUUUCCAGUACUUUGAGGGGGCUGUAUAUUCUGAUUCAGGAAAAAAAAGGCAAACAAAAUAAAGGCCCAUGUGUGGUUCUUUGGUUGAUGUAAUUUCUGUGUAGUAGACUUUGGCUGUUGUGCCUUUAGCCUGAGGUAUUUCUGUACUUAAUUUCUUUCUCUACUGUUAAAAUUCUCAGUUUAAAGUAUCAAGUUUGUUUUGUUAAGUGCUGCACAUUACAAAAACACCUCACAUUUUGGUCAUAUUUAGAAAAGUUUUUCACCCCGUCGUUUCCCCUGAAACCUCAAGUGAUCAGUGACCUGGGCCAAGUGUUUCGAUUUUAACUAGACGAUCACAGAUCAGAGUAACUUUGGUAAUUCUGGCAGCUUAGAGCCAAAGAUGGAGCCACCUUUUAAAAAAAAAAAAUAUGUUGAGCUUCCUAUACACCUGAACCCACAGCCAUGAUGUUGAAUUUUAGAGCGACAUUUUUGGGAAUCUAGAUUAGGUCCCUUGUCCAUGACUUGUUUUUUCACUGUAGAACUGUUUGGAGUUGCAAUUUCAGCACAGUAGGUUCAAAUCCACUGACAGCCCUCUAUAUAAGUUGUGAGUUUGGACAUUGUUUAGAUAUAUUUGUGUGUGCUACACUGGGCAGUAAUGUGCUUCUGAACCUGAUGCAUGUGGUACCAAUGCUGUUUGCUCCUGAACCUUCACCAGUCUCCUCUGUUGCAUUCUGAAGGACAACCAAAUAAUCUGCUCCAAUUCAAGACUAUACUAAAGAAAAGAAACUAAUGCUAGUUUUGUGGUAUUUUGUUUUCCCUGUUGCACUAUUUGCUCCCUCUGGUUUUACUCUUUAACAUUCCCCUCCUGUAAAUGGUCUGAUAUUGCUUUAAGUAACUGCAAAGCCUUUUCAAAUGUAUCAUAUGUAAUUAUGCAUUUGCAGAAUUUGAUCUUAAACCACUGUAAGUUUUGUACUGUAAGAGUCUAUUCCAAAUAA